CUCGUGGUCCGUGCACCAACGAAGAGUUACCCGGCGACCGCGCUUCAGUUUCAAGACUCAGAGACUAGUAAAGCUCACGUCUUCCUGUCACACUUGCUUCAAGCUACAAACCACGCCAUGGCACCAACAACAAUAAAAGGCUUUGAUGAUUAUCUCCAGAACCUAUCAUCCAAAACCUUCCAGACGCUGUAUCAACAGCCAGCCACCGCGCUCGCAAUAUUUCGGCGAAUGCUACCUAGCCUCGCCAAGAUUUUCGUGACGACCCUUCUCUACAAUGAACUCCCGAUCCCGCUCGCAGAACUCCAAGCGUGGGUGAAGACGGAGAGCUAUCGAGAACGCGAAGAUGCAUUUUCGAAGCUACGGCGACUACACAUGACGCAAGAGGACGGCGGCAACAUUUUCCUAGACCCGGUUUUCAAACGGAACUUUCGCCUGGCGUUGACGGGCGGCGGAAACCACUAUUCGUUCGGUGUACCCGUAGAUACCUCGGAGGAUAAGAAGAAGGUGACCGUCGCGCACCUCGACAGCUAUGCCGCCAACCAGUUCGACUGCAUCUUGCACUACAUGGUAGAGCCAACGGGGCCGCGGCAACCGAAUCAGGGUGUCAAGAUGCUACUUGCGACCAGUGGUCUGAUGAACAACAACGCAGGCUCGAGGGGUUUUCCACCAAAGAUCACCCAAACCGGCUUCUCGUUCAUCUUGCAAGAGGGAAAUGCCCAAAUUUGGGUACUACUGAUCCAGUAUCUCGAGAUGUGUGAGAAUCUGGCAAUGGAGAAAACCGACGUGCUUCAUUUCCUUCUCAUGCUUGGAUCUCUGGAACUGGGACAAGCUUACAGCACCGAGACCCUAACAGAAACGCAAAUUAAAGUUCUAGCAGACCUCCGCGACUACGGCGUGGUCUAUCAGCGUAAAAGUACUCCUGACCGCUUCUAUCCCACGCGGCUAGCAACAACAUUAACUUCCGACGUCACCGGACUGCGCACCGCCGCCGCCUCCUUCGCUCACGCCCUUGCAGCAGUCCCCGGCGCAGCCCCUACAGAACCAGCCCCAGAGGACCAGGGCUUCAUAGUGAUCGAAACCAACUACCGCGUAUACGCCUACACCAAUUCCCCGCUAUCUAUCGCGAUCCUAGAUCUCUUCUCCAAGCUCGGAGGUCGUUUCCCCAAUCUUGUCACCGCAAAACUCACGCGCGCAUCGAUCCAGCGCGCAAUUGCAAACGGCAUCACGGCGGACCAGAUCAUCGACUACCUGAAAUCGCACGCGCACCCGGUGAUGCGCAAGAACUCGUUGGUGCUCCCGCCCACUGUUGUCGACCAGAUAAGACUGUGGCAAAUCGAGGGCGAGAGGAUGAAGACUACCACGGGCUUUCUGUUCAAGGAUUUUGCGACGGCUUGGGACUUUGAGGAUACGGCAAAGUAUGCGGAGGAUCACGGGAUCCUCACGUGGAAGGAUGCGAAGAAGAGGUUGAUGUUUGUUACGCGUACGGAGCAAAUUGUAGAUUACCUCACCAGGCGUGAUAAGCAGAGGGGCCAGGCUACGAGAUAGCAUUGGAUGGGUGUAUUUCGUUUUUGGGGUUAUGGCGUUCGGAUUCGUGGUAUCUAGAUUAGCACACUUGAAUAAACUUUUUCUUGUUCGGAAA